ACCGCGUGACGAAACGCUCUAUGACUCACUGCGCCCAACUUGAAGGUCGCCUGGCACUCUCUCAGAACUGGAUUAGCUCCGAUGCACCUGUGCAGUCCAUCUGAGUCCGAGCAGGUCUACAAACGCCGUUUGGCCUUCCGAUGGAGCGCAGUGGAUGCUACGAGCCAUUGGGACCAAUCCCAUCCCUCGUGGAAGUCACGUGUCCUUGAGAGGUCGCGCAGGAAGGGUCGCAGGUUCGCAGCGCUGCAAUUGGCUGGGACGACCCGUAGCGUCUCACUGCGGUCCAUCGUGGGGCGAGCCGGAGUAUACGGCCGUUUCCGGUUAUCAGCAGUGACCUCCCGAGAGGCGAGAUUUUUCUUUUUGCUCUUUGCCGUCGAUGGCGAGGGCCCGUUCUCUGCCGCCACAAUGGCUCCGGCGGCGGCGGCGGGAGAACCCGACGGCCACACGCUUUCCUUUGUCAACUCUCGCUUCUUGGCGGACUGGGCGCGUCGACGAGGACGCCGCCACGGGUUCGCCGCGAUGCACCUCACACCAGGAGUCGCGGAGGAUACCGAAGCCGAGGACAAAACCGAGGUGCUUUCAAGGCUGCCGAGGCACUCUUUGCGAAGACAGACGUCCGAGAACAUCGCCUCUGAAAGCGAGUCCCAAGAAAAUAUAAACCUGAGCUGGAAUGCACCGGAGUUCUACAAAAGGCUGAAGCGUUUGCAGCGUCGCACAGCUGAGGUCGAGACCUGGAACCCGAACCGCUGGGCCAGCUGCCCGGAAGUCGUCGAUCCAAGCCUGAACUCCCUGACCCAGGACGUGCGUUUCUACGUUGGCACGAGUCCGUCUGGUCGCAGCAUCAACGAGGACGAGGAGCAAUACAAGACGUACCUCUACUACCUCCUCAACACCACGCGAAGUGCCAGCUCAGAGCUCAGGUUCCUCGAGCUCUUUCAGGAGGCCCAAGACAACAUUCGAGCUUUUCAGCGGCAGGACAGUAACUGCACCCUCGACAUCAAGCCUGUGAGGACCGCUCAGUCGGGGACAUCGUGGUCCUCCGGUGUAAAUGACGUGCACCUUCGUGAUAGAUGUUUCGAUGCCUAUCACAAGGAUGACGUUGUAAACUUUGGCAAGACACCAAGCGACGUUGUUGGCGGCUGCUCGAGGAAGUCGUGGUCUUCUAGUGUCGGUGAGGUGUACUCUCGGCACAAAGUCUUAAGUUCCUACCGGCAAGGUGAAUGUGUAACUCGUGGUAACACGCAAGUCCUUCAGGAGGAUCAGUGUUCUAGGACGCCGUCAUCCACUAGUGUAGGCAACGAUAUCUUUCCAAAGAAACUCUCCCCGAAGUGCGAUCUCCAGAGGGAGGAAGCUAGUCGUUCGACAGGAACCUUACAAGUUGGAAAUGAACUGUGCCUCGAUUCGUCUUCAGCAGAUGAUGUGCCUGCGGUCAUACCGAGUGUGUGUCUUCAGCUUGAGAGGAGAAAAAAAGUUGUUAGUUGCGUGCCAGGAGCGUGCGAGGCGUACGACAACCCCUGCUACGAGACUGGUGGAAGCCCCCGGUGCUCCUUCGUGGACGACGCUUCAAGUCAGUGCCGCGUUGGACAGCCAGCGGGCGACGGUAUUAGUGCAGACAACUUGCAGCGUGGACUCUUCAGCCCCGCAAGAGUGAAGGAGCUGUUACGCUAUGUGUUCUGCUGCGAGUGCCACUGGUGGAACAUGAGCAAAGUCCAACGGAGUUCGCAUCCCUUCUGAUACACGACGAAAACGUAUCGUCUUAUUUUGAAAUACACAGCGUUUCUUUGUUGUUUUUCUAACGCAGGAUGAAAUUUGAAGUCUAUUACGAAAGAUGUUAUAUUUUGAAAAUUAAAUAUAGAAGGAACAAAUACCAAAGCUCCCGCUUCGAAGCAAAUUUAUUGGCAUUGCAUUUAGGAAUCUUUUGAUAAAGGUUCACCCAAUAAGCCCUUUGCAAAAUUACGCCCUCAUCUGGCAGAGCUAUAAAUGCAACAAAGUGGCGUUUGCAGAAAUACAUAAUCAAGCUGGUGAUCUUAAAACGUUUGAGUCAACUGCAUGUGAAUAUAGAAGUGCCUGCUUCGCGAUGUUGAUCGUUCCGACAGAUUUCUGUUUCCAGAACUUUUAGAACCAUAACAAUACCAAACAACUGUAUUGUUAUGUAGUAUUGUAUCAGGAAGCCUUUAUACAAGAACUUCUGGAUCGAUGCAUACAUUUUCGUACUCACUUAAGGGAGGUUGGAAACGGCUGAGUUGGCACGUUCGUGGAUCGAAUGGAGAGGUGGUCGUCUUUUCCGGAAUAUUCAGUCCACCUCCAUCAGAGACGGAACACAUUCAGAAUAGAAAUUUAUUGAAUACCAAAAAAUAAACUUGGUGGCCUUUCGGUUU